AUGUUGUAUUACGGCGAGUUCUACCUGGGCUCGCCGCCCAAGCAGUUCACCGGCUGCUUUGACACGGGAAGCUCCGACACCUGGGUGCCAUCUGUAGCGUGCCUGGACCCCUCGUGCCAGACCCACGAUCGCUUCAACCCUCUACAAUCAUCGACUUUCAAGAGCUCGGCGAACACCGAUACUCCGGCGGAGGCGGUUCUGCAGCGUACCUCCAGCUGGGGCCCGUUCAUGAUUACUUACGGCACCGGCCAGGUGGCGGGCACCGUAGCGGCCGACACACUCACGGUCGGCAACAUCACCGUCAAGAACCAGGGCUUUGGCCUCGUUCUGCGCGCCAGCACUGAUUUCCUCGACAUCUCCUGCGACGGCCUCUUUGGACUGGGAUUCCCCCAGAUCAGCAACCUGCAGACCACGCCGGCCUUCUUCAACAUGCUGAGUGACGGCCAAUUGGACCAGCCCCUGUUCAGCCUCUACUUGAACCCCGAUGUGACCAAGGAGCCUGCUGGCGAGCUGGAGUUUGGCUCCAUCGACACCAGCAGAUACGUGGGCAAGCUCACGUACACGCCAGUCGUCGAGAAGAAGUACUGGACGGUGGGUCUGAGCGGUGUGACUGUGAGCGGGGUGGAUGUGGGAAUGGAGGCGACGCGAGUUGUCAUCGACAGCGGCACAAGUGCGAUUCUUUUGGGCGCCAACGAUGCAGCCUCCAUCCACAAGGCGAUCCCAGGAAUGUACCUGGACAGGCAGUCGGGCUACUGGGUGGUCAAGGGCGGCUGCGCGGCAGUGGCAGACCUGCCGCCCGUGACAUUUGUCAUCGGCGGGACCCCCUAUGCGAUGCCACCCCAGCUCUGGACUCGGCCGGCGGCGAGCGAGUCGAGCACGGACUUCAGCGGCCAGUGCGUCAGCGUGCUCAUCGGCGCGGGGAUGGCAUCCAACACGAUUCUUGGAGCUCCCUUCCUGCGCGCGUUCUACUCUGUGUACACCUAUGACAUGGCCAGCAAGGUCGCCCAGAUCGGCUUCGCCCAAGCCGCCGACGGCAGCAAGUGAGCGCGCGUCCAGUCAGCUUGGCGGUCUAAUCAGCUGCCCUUAGCCUCGGGCAGCCCUCGGGCUGUCCUGCCGGGCAGUUGGCCAAAGCGAUGUUGUUUCUGAGUUCUGCCCCUAAGUUAUGUGCAUCUGUGAGAGCUUUGCUGGGCAUCUGAGCCAUGCGGGCAUGCCUGAGCUCUGCAGCUUGAGCUCUGCUGAGCAUGAAUGGGAACUAGAAAAGCUUUUUUGAGCGCGACACUCAGGGAACAGGACAUGCUAGCUGGAGUGCAAGGGUUGCCAAUCACAGCUGGCCUUGAACAGGAACGGAACCUUGAACUCAACCUUGAACUCAAAGCAAGAGUAUGGUGUUGGAAGCGGCUCCCUGCUCAUGCAGAGCAGUAGGGGCCCCUUUUGACUCGACCUGCUUGCGCUUGCAAGCAGUGUCUGAAGUGGCAUUGGUACAUUUUUUGCCUGCUUUGCUGCGGUGAAUGACCCUUGAACUCAAACAGACAGAACGGGAACGAUGGAGUGAGAACUGUGCAGUAGUGUAGAUGUGAAUUCUACCUUUCGCUUACUGAAGUAUGCCAAUGUCUUGUAUGUCUAUUUCUCCAGUUCUGGGAGAGACAGGGUAGUCUGCACUUGCUUGUCCGCCUGUACUAUAUAGAAAGCGGUCUGGUUGGCUUAAAAAUCUCGCUAAGCAUGAUCGAGCCACCGUUCUGAGAGUAUAAAUGUCGAUGAAUAUCCCUGUUUUAAUCAGUCAGUUGGCCAGACUUAGUGCUGCUUUUGUAGGGCUUUAAAUGCAAAAUGCUACUCUGAAGGACUGCCUUGCAAGCUGACCGUGUGGCAAGUCUUGUGACCUGUAGAUGCUUGGCAGAUUUGCCGUGAACACCUUUCUGCUUAUAAUAACUGUAAUUGGGCUGGCUC